GAUCCAGUCAGUCCGAAUCUCGCUGCGCGCUCGACAAGUCGUUUUUUCCAGUUGGUCCUACAGCAGAUACAGUCCUACAGCUAAUCCGCGGUCUAGUGCCGUUGUUUGUGGUCACAAACACACAUCGCGACAAGUGAGUGAAAGAAACGGAAGAGCAGAGUGAAUAACAAUAAUAUAAAAACGGGUCCCAGACUCGGUGCUAUUAACCUGAGGGGAUUUGGAGGCAAGAGUUGGAACGAGCAAGAAAAUAGUGCAUCGGAUCACGGAGCGCAGUUUCAGCAUAAUGUCCGCUAGAUGGCUGCUACCAUUCCUGGCCACGGUUGCAGCAAUAACCGCCUACGUGCAUGCCUGGCGUCCGUGCCCCGAGUUGGAUGCUGCGUUAAAGCUACCCUGCCGAUGUAACAUCGAAGCAGUUGGCAACAAUAGCCAGUACGGGUUCAUCGCUGUCGAUUGCGAGCGAACAGCACUUACGGGUGGCAUUCCGGCCGGCUUACCGAUCAUCGCCUUUUCGCAUCGAAGCAGCGGUCUUAGCUCGAUCCUCGACCUAUCACAACUGAGUGCUUCAAUAAGAAGAUUGGACUUUUCGGAAAAUGCAAUCCGGUCGCUUCCAGAGAAGGUCUUCUCCAUGAUUGGGGAGUACGUCACGGAACUACGACUGGGCCACAAUCUGUUCGGCGAUAACCUGAACCCGAUUUUUUCCACCACUGAACUGCAGACCCUGAAGAAUGUCAAGAUUCUCGACCUUUCCUACAAUCAGUUAAUGGCGUUGGAUGAGGGAAUUUUCGUCGGCUGUCGGAGAUUGCAGGAAAUUCUACUGGAUGGGAACAAGCUGUCUACCGUGCCGGCGACUUCAUUUAAAGACCUGCCAGCGCUGAGGGUCAUCUCGCUAAGAAACAAUUUGAUCGAAAACGUUUCCUCUGAAUCUUUCACCCUCGCCAACAAGUUGGAACGAAUCGAUUUACGCUACAAUCGCAUCCACAGCUUGAAACCGAACGCCUUCGCCAAUUUGCAAGCCAUGAAAGAGCUGCUACUAGCAGGGAAUUUGAUCAGUACAGUAGAUGAGCGCGCCUUCAUGGGGGCAGAUUCAAUCCAGAAGCUUGACUUGUCCGACAAUUUAAUCGGCGAGUUUCCAACUUCUGCUUUGAGCUCCAUCGAGUCGCUGAAGGUGCUGAAUCUCUCGCUCAAUAACAUCGACAAACUUGAGUACAAACAUUUGCAACAGCUUAGAAAUUUGCAAAUCCUGGAUAUCAGUAGGAAUGUGAUAGCAUCCGUGCUACCGGGAACGUUCCGUGAGCAAGCGCUGUUGAAAUAUCUGGACCUCAGUCUCAACUCACUGCGAACGAUCGAGGAUGAUGCCUUCGAAGGGUUGGAUAACCUCCAAACGUUGAUAUUGCGGGAUAAUAACAUCUUCCUGAUACCUGGAAGCGCUCUUGGCCGAUUGCCGCGUCUCUCUAACCUGUACCUAGAUUUCAACCGAGUGGCUGCGCUUUCCUCCAGCAUUCUGAAAUCGAUCCAACCGGAAAAUAUCAGAUAUCUUUCGCUCUCACGAAACGUGAUUCGUGAGCUUCCACCGAACAGUUUUACAUCGUUCAAAAAAUUGAUCUAUCUAGACAUUUCUGGCAAUAGUUUGGGUUUGAUCAGUGAAGACACAUUCGCGGGGUUGGAUAAUACUUUGUUGGAAAUUAAGAUGUCAUACAAUAAGAUCUCAUCCUUCCGCAAGAUAGUUCUGCCGAAACUACGUCGGUUGGAUAUUAGUUCGAACAGCAUCGACGAUCUCGCUGUGGAUGCAUUCCACGGUUUGGGCAACCUUCUCUAUUUGAAUAUGAGCACAAAUGAACACAUUGCGCAGAUCACAAGAACCAUGAUCUAUCCUCUCAACAAACUCCAGGUGAUCGACAUCAGCAACUGCGGACUGAAAACCCUGCAAUCCGAUCUUUUCCACAACAACACCGAACUAAGAAUCAUUCUCCUAAGUCACAACCACCUGAAGGUGGUAGAAGAGAACACUUUCAUGAUUCUGAACAAUUUGUUUAGUGUCGAUUUAUCGAACAAUGAAAUCGUAGCUAUUCGACCUCGAACAUUCAUCAACACAAUAAACUUGCGCACACUGAAUUUGCAUGGCAAUAAAUUGAAGGAGUUUAAAGCCGAUCACUUCACUAGCGAAACCGCCAUGGAGGUGCUCGAUCUGUCCGGCAACGAAAUCAGUAGCUUUGCAGUAAACACAUUCAAGAUUCAUCCACGAUUGCGUCGCAUACUUUUGGGUGGAAAUCGCAUCCAACGGUUCACCUCCGAUUUGAUCAACUCGUUGGAUUUCCUUGAAGUAAUUGAUUUGAGUAAAAAUCAGUUAACAAUAAUCGACCAGCUAGACUACGCCCGGAUGCCUAAUUUGCGGGAGUUGUACUUCGCAGGUAACGAGCUGGAACAGGUGAGCGAUAUGGCGUUCCACAAUUCGACACAGCUGCAGAUCGUCGAUCUCAGCCAGAACAAGCUAGAAAGACUCACGGAGCGUGCGUUCGACGGAAUGUUACGCCUGGAGAGGUUGGACUUGAGCCACAAUAUGCUACAGGAGCUUCCGGAAGGAGUAUUCGACAAAAGUCGCAUUCAGAAAGUUGAACAUCUGAUUCUAGCUAACAACAGCUUCCGGUUGAUUCCAUUCAAUGCGCUGAAGGAUCAGUCGGAUAGUAUUUACACGUUGGAUAUGAGUUAUAACCAGUUGAAGGAUAUUCCGACGUCGAACACGUACAUGGUUAUGGUUAACAUCAAGCAUAUAGAUUUUUCGUUCAAUCCUUUAUCUGAACAAGCCAUCAAACUGUUACUAGAACAACCGAAGACGGCGAGGAAGCUUAACUUGGCCCACACCGGAAUCGAACGUUUGCCCAUCCUAGAGACACCGUAUCUGCAAGUGUUGAAUCUAUCGAUGAACAACAUUACCGUUGUGAAUGAUCGUGUAUUUGAUAAAACUACUCUGCUGGAAAUUCUCGAUCUUUCGUCCAACAGAAUAGAAAACAUCGAUCCCAUGAAACAGGUUUGGCCCAAGUUAGGUUUACUGAAUUACUUGGAUUUAUCAUUGAACCCGAUCAAAACGAUCAUGGCUCAUGCGUUCGAUGCACUUGCAGCUCUUCGGACUCUCAAAGUUAGAGAUCUCUCGGAAAUCACUCGUCUCGAGAAGAAUGCUUUCAAACCGCUCAGCAGUUUGUCGACCUUAGAAGCGUACAACUUCGUUAAACUGGGUUAUAUAGAUUUGCAAGGCAUCUUACAGGAACUUCCUUCGCUGGCAUCGAUUGACAUCGAAGUCAAGGAUUCGGUGUUGGAAUCUGAUCAGCUUCAGGUGAUAGACCAUCCAAAACUAAACCAUCUCGGACUGUACGGACACAUGUUGCAAAGUAUAUCGUCGGGAAGUUUCGCCGGGCUGCGAAACAAAAUGCUUAGCGUAACUUUACGGAAUACAUCCCUGACUUCACUACCACCAGCAUUGCUACUGCCAUUGCCACGAUCUUCACAUAUAGAUUUGGAUAUUUCGGGUUCAAAAAUAACAACUCUCACCCAACCAUUCCUGAGUUCUAUGGACGAUCGGAAGAACAGUCUAGCGAUCGCAGGAUUAAGCGCUAAUCCAAUUCAAUGUGACUGCCAAGCAAGAGCGUUCCGCAGGUGGAUAAUGGCAGCUAAAGUAGCAGAUGUUCGCUGUUCGACACCGGAAACUGUACAAGGCCGUUUGUUGGUAGAGGUAGGCGAUAACGAGCUGGUUUGUGAUCAGAAGAAGCCUACCACAACAACCUCACGCACUUCUACGAUCACGUUCACGAAUUACACAUCAAUUUACACUCAAGUCAUCACGAAAGCUACCCCGACUACCGAGCAGGAUAUCAUCUGGAGUGUAGCACCAACGACAAAGGCGAAGGCCAAAACCAAAAUGCCUCCGCGUACUCAAAUGCCAAUCACCAACGAUGACACGCUGAUAAUUGGAAUCGUGGUUGCGGUGAUAGUGUUCAUAUUCUUGGUGAUUCUCAUCAGUUGCAUAUGCCGAGUUCGGUGGAGUAAUGACACCUAUCGUGGACCACCGAUUGGCUUAUCGACUAUGCAUCCGAACGGCAUGCAGGUGAACUAUAAAAACAGCAAGGGCGCUCCCAUUUAUCCAAUGGUGGCCCCCUACGGCCAGAACUAUGCAACGUUGCCGUACAAGCAGAGUUCAUCGCCAGACGCCCAACCGCGGCCCAGUUACUCAACGAUCGGACGAAUUCCCUACCAGUACCAAACUCAGCACGUGAUGGCUCCUGGUUCCCAUCACUCAGCAGCAUCCCUCCACUCAGUUCACUCUGGCCAGAAUCCCUACAUGGCUUAUCAGGACGAUAAGGCGUACCGAUAGUCUUUACGCUUCCCUUUUACUCUUUAUUGAGAUUUUCUUUUAGCCUCUAACUUAUUUAUAACUGCUAAGUACAAUGUUCUUUAUUUUAAAUGAGACUAAUCGUAAAACAAGCGCAUAAGCCAACUGCCAACGUCUUGUCACUACGAGACAACAAAAAAAAAUGCAAAAUAUGUGUGUGUGACAAAAAAGUCAAACUACUGAAUAAAAUGCUCAAAACAAUUUAGUUAGGUAAACCAAGUGUUGGUGGAAUUUUCUCCACCCGCGAACAGAAAGCGAACGUUGAAUAGCUCUAAUGGAAGGCAGAAUAAUUAGUUGAACUGGUCUCUGUGUGGUGCUGGAACGAAAACGAAACACACUGAAGUCACUACGACGUAAGAAAGCCACACUUUGUUUCUGUACUUUUUUCGUUUAAAAAUAAAUAAAAAAUGACAAAUGUAAGAAUAUA